ACAGCUGUCAGAAUAUAACUUGUAAAGGGGUAACACAAUGUUUUUAUAAAACCUUUAAUAUCAAUUUGAUUUAAAAUAGUUAGAAAUAUAAUUAAAAAAUGAAUGCAUUAAAACACUUUUUGAGGUAUCCGAAUAGGGUUAUUUCUAGAUCGUUUUCCUCCCUUCCUGCCACAGAAAAUACCAACGGGAAAGAGGAACUGGACAAAUUAUACAAGAUUGUUGAAGUUGAACUUCGAGGAAAUGAUCCAGCCGUUCUGAGAAGUUUUUCCAAGUUUGCCGUAUCUACAGGAAACCAUUUAGAUAUUGACACAAAGUCAUGGACUUUGAGGAAACCAUCACACGAAAGAUACACGGUUUUGAAAUCAGUUCAUAUUUAUAAAAAACACAGAGUACAAUAUGAAAUCAGAACAUACUAUUCUUUUGUUCAGUAUAAACAUUUAACUGGAUCAACCGCUCACACAUUAUUAGAGUACAUUGAGAGGAAUUUACCCGAAGGAGUAGCUCUCAAAGCAACGAAGGUCGAAUUGCAAGAACUACCAGAACAUAUAACCCCUCCACAAGAAAGUAAUAUAAAUCAACCUGAAGUCAUCUGAGUUCACAUGUGAGUAGAUGAAUAUAUUUUGUAGUUGAAAAAAAUUUAAAAUAAAAAAUAAUUGACAAGAUUA